CAUUUGCUUCUCUCGAUUCCUUUAUCCCAUAUCCCAUUCUUCUUAAUUUUCUCCAUUUUUGUUAGUCAACAUUGUUCACAAAAGCACCCUCUUCAUAGUAGGCACCUUAUAUAUACAAAGUAUCAUAUUUGAGAAGAUUAUCAACAUGAAUAACGUUGAUGAGAGCCAUGUUGAACACCGUGUGGAAAUUCCACCUCCACAGCCAUUUUUGAAGUAUAUGAAAUAUGCAAUGAAAGAUAUUUUCUUUCCAGAUGAUCCAUUGAGAAGGUUUAAGAAUCAACCAGCUUCAAGAAAGUUGGUGCUUGGUUUUCAAUAUUUAUUUCCAAUAUUUGAAUGGGCACCAAACUACACUUUUCAGUAUUUGAAAUCUGAUGUCAUAGCUGGGAUCACUAUUGCUAGUUUGGCUAUUCCUCAAGGCAUUAGCUAUGCCAAACUUGCCAACCUCCCUCCAAUUCUUGGAUUAUAUUCCAGCUUCAUACCACCGUUGAUUUAUGCUAUGAUGGGUAGUUCAAGAGAUUUGGCAAUUGGGACAUGGGCAGCUGGGUCUCUUCUUUUGGGUUCCAUGUUGGCCAGUGAAGUUGAUCCAAACCAAAAUCCAAGUCUUUAUCUCCACCUUGCUUUCACGGCUACAUUCUUUGCCGGGGUUAUGCAAGUUUCAUUAGGCCUCUUUAGGUUAGGGUUUAUUGUGGAUUUCCUAUCCCAUGCAGCCAUAGUAGGGUUCAUGGGAGGAGCAGCCACGGUGAUUUGUCUGCAACAACUGAAAUCAAUGCUAGGUCUUGAACAUUUCACCCAUGGUGCUGAUCUCAUUUCAGUCAUGCGUUCUGUUUUUACACAAGUUCAUUUAUGGAGGUGGGAAACUGCUGUUUUGGGAUUAGUAUUCCUUUUCUUUCUCCUUUUCACAAGAUACUUGAGUAAAAAACAACCCAAAAUCUUUUGGGUAUCAGCAAUGACGCCAUUAACGUGUGUUAUACUAGGAAGUUUACUAGUUUAUUUCAGUGACGCCGAGAACCACGGCGUUCAAGUGAUUGGAGAAUUGAAGAAAGGAUUAAACCCAGUCUCAGUCACAAAAUUGGAAUUUGUGUCUCCUUAUAUGACAACAGCUAUCAAAACAGGACUUAUAGUUGGCAUUGUAGCUCUUGCGGAAGGAAUAUCUGCGGGAAGAAGCUUUGCAAUGUCUAAAAAUUACCAUACUGAUGUCAACAAAGAGAUGAUAGCUAUUGGAACCAUGAACGUUGUUGGUUCUUUCACCUCUUGCUACCACACAACAGGACCAUUUUCGCGUUCGGCCGUGAACUAUAACGCUGGAUGCAAAACAGCAGCAUCAAACCUUGUGAUGGCAAUUGCUAUCAUGUUGACACUCUUAUUUUUGACACCUUUGUUCUUUUACACUCCUAUGGCCGUACUAGCGGCCAUAAUUUUAUCUUCAAUGCCUGGACUUAUCGAUUAUCAAGCAGCCAUCCAUCUGUGGAAGAUUGAUAAAUUCGACUUUGUCGUCUGCAUUGGCGCAUAUUUUGGUGUUGUCUUUGGCAGUGUUCAAAUUGGCUUGGUCAUAGCAGUUGUGAUAUCAGUACUUCGGUUACUUCUAUUUAUUGCAAGGCCGAAAACAUCUAUUUUAGGAAACAUUCCAAAUUCUGUUAUAUACAGAAACAUUGAGCAUUAUCCCAAUGCAAAUCGUAUUUCAGGAAUUUUAAUUCUAAAAAUUGAUGCACCAAUUUACUUUGCCAAUGCAAGCUAUUUAAGAGAAAGAAUCUCAAGAUGGAUUGAUGAAGAGGAAGACAGAAUUAAAGCCAUUGGGGAGACAAGUUUGAAAUAUAUUAUAAUGGAUAUGAGUGCUGUUGGAAAUAUUGAUACAAGUGGAAUAAGUAUGCUUGAAGAGAUUAACAAGAUUUUUAAAAGAAGAGAGCAGCAACUUGUUUUGGUCAACCCUGGAAGUGAAGUGAUGAAGAAACUAAACAAAUCUCACUUUCAGAAGGACAUGGGGGAAAAUUGGAUCUAUCUUACAGUAGAAGAGGCUGUUAAAGCAUGUAACUUUGUGCUCCAUGAAUGCAACACAAAUCCCAAAAGAGAUGGGUUGGAGCAUUGUUUGAGCUGUGAUAUGUAGAAAGGUAUUUCAAUAUUUUAAAGUUUUAAUUUAUAGUUGCUUAGACAUAAAUCUAAAUCUAAUGACCUUAUUUAUUAAGGUUCAUAAAUUUACUAUUUAUAACCUAAUAUUUACAACAUAUCUUCUCAAGCGAAUUAAUGAAUAUCAAUCAUUUCAAACUUACAAAUAAAUUGGUUGACUCGUUCUUUUGGUAAAUAAUUUGUUAACAUAUCUUUUAGUUGAUGUUGAA